AUGCGCUCGUUGCUUACAUCUGCUGGACUCGCGGUGGGUGUCUUGGCGGGAACCAGUCUCGCCGCUCGAACGAUCGAGAUCCAGAAUGCGUGCUCCUACACCGUCUUCCCAGCCAUCUCGUCUCUCGGAGGCGGUACGGAAGCUUACAACGGCGAGCACGGUUGGGAAUCGCCUUCCGGGUCAACGAAAAGUAUCUCUGUUCCGAACGCCUGGGCGGGUCGAGUCUGGGGCCGACACGGAUGCGUCAAGUCCAGCGACGGAGCGACCGUGAACUGCGUGACGGGGGGAUGCACGGGGAACAAGGUGCAGUGCGGCGACGGCGAGCUGGGAGGAGCAGCGACGUCCGCCGAGUUCCGUCUCCAGAGCCAAGCGAACGGACAGGUCGACAUGUACGACUUGCAGAACGGUGGAGGAUGGGGCAUUCCGAUCGGUAUCAAGCCGCAACAGGGCGGAUGCGACGCCAUCUCGUGCACGCCGACGCUUUCGACGUGCCCCGACGCUCGCCUCAUGCUCAAGGACUCGUACGGCCAGAUCCUCGGGUGCAACAGCGCUUGCUAUGCCGGCGUCGGCGACACGAACAUCCAGUGCUGCAAGGGCGACUACGCCUCGCCACAGGCUUGCACGCCGGACAAGAUCCAGUUCUACUCGUACUUCAAGGCGGGCUGCAAGAACGCUUACGCCUACUUCGCGCACUCGCCUGCGGGAGGCGACGAGACGGGCUUCGUCUGCAAGAGCAACGGCAACAGCGGCUUCACCGUCAUCUUCUGUCCCGAAGGAGACGGUGACUCGGCCGGCGUGAAGGGCGGCAAGACUACCAAGGCGAGCUCGUCUGGGGGAGAAGCGACACGUUCAGGCGACGCCACGAGGAUCGGUAACCCAGGCCAGACGACAGUCACGAACGACAUGUCCGCCUCACAGUCCGCUUCGUCCGCCAUCUCGACUAGCGCCGCGAGCGCCAACAGCACGGCUUCUGCAUCCGCCAGCUCGCCGACGUCGGGCUCGGCGAGCGACACGGGCGCAACGGCUGCACACACCGCUACCGACGCUACUGUAGCCGACUCGACGCCCGUCGGGUCCGCCACCGCUGACGAAGCGAACGCAAGCACCUCAGCUGGCGCCACGACCUCCAGUCCUACGGGCCUUUCAAAGCCCGUCAUCUUCGCCAUCGGCGGCGGAAUCGUCCUCAUCGCAGUCGUCGGCGUCGUCCUCGUCUGCUUCAUCUCGCGUCGCAAGAACCGGCAGGAUGCGGCGGCGGCGGCGCAGGGUGCACCUGCUCAGGCGCAGGGUCGUUCGAAGAAGCCGCCUCCUGGAAGCGACGAGGAGGCGACUGCUGCCGAUACGAACCGCAAUCCUGCUCAGGGCUACAACGCUCUCGGCCACCCCUCCCGCCGUCGCAGCCGGCACGGUCUCCUCUCCUCAGCGUCCGGGAGCGAGUCGGACGGGUCGCUGUUCAGCUCGAGCGAGGACGAGAAGCGGUCUGCGCGGCGUCAGGCGAGCUUGAGGAGCGCUGGGAGCGGCAGGAGCGCGCGCAGCGGGCGCAGUGGGCGGUGA